AUGGCACCUGUGACUAGAGGAUCAACAAGCAAGGAUGCAGUUAAAGCAGCUAACGUACGUCGAUGUACAGGAAUUUCCUCCAUAAGGGUGAAGAAAGUGAAGGCUGCAAUUAAUGGUAAAGGCUCUUCCUCAAACUGGUUCUUGUCCUUUUAUCAAAGUGAUGUUAACUUCAGGAACCUGAAGUCAAAUUUAUCAAAGUCCCCAACGGCUACCUUCUACUCCCCACUCUCUCAUCUCCCGCCAUGUCCAUCCAUCCACCAUAUCAAGCAAGCUCAUGGUCUAAUCAUAGCAGUGGGUCUCUCCACCAACAACACAAUCAUGGCUCACCUUCUCUCCGCAUUAGCUAUCUCUCCACCAGAUUCAUCGCCAUCAACCUCACAAUAUUCACUCUCGAUAUUUCAACGUUUCGAAAACCCAAACAUUUUCGCUUCAAAUAGUAUGAUUAGAUGUUUGGCUAAAUCCCAAACUCCUCAAAAUUCCUUUCUACUGUAUAAAUCCAUGCAUCAGAAUGUUUACUGUCAGCCUAAUAAUUAUACUUUUCCAUUUGUUCUUCAAGCUUGCAGUAAGCUUUUAGGUACUCGUGAAGGACUCCAGAUUCAUAAUCAUAUUGUUAAACUCGGGUUUACUAAAGAUGUUUACAUCAAAAACUCUUUAAUCAAUUUUUAUAGUAUGUGUGGUCAAAUACAAAGUUCCCGUCAAGUGUUUGAUGAAAAUCCUCAGUGUAGUGAUACUGUUACUUGGAAUGCAAUUUUAGCUAGUUAUGCUAGAGAUGAGCAGUUAGAUACCUCGGAACAGUUGUUUGAUGAAAUGCCUGAGAAAGAUGUGAUUUCUUGGAGUACAUUGAUUGUGGGUUAUGUUCAAGGAGGGAAAUUAGAAAAGGGGUUGGACUGUUUUAGAGAAAUGAAAGAGAAAGGACUAAUUCCAAAUGAGGCAAUUUUUGUUACUGUUCUCUCGGCUUCAGCUCAAAUGGCUUUGCUUCAGCAUGGGAAACUAGUUCAUUCCACUAUAAAAGCGUCCAACCGUCGAAUGACUGUUCCACUAAAAACUGCUCUUAUCGAUAUGUAUGCAAAAUGUGGUUGUAUUGAGAUGUCAAGGCAACUUUUUGAUGAAAUGCGUCGAAGAGAUGUUUGGUCUUGGAAUGUCAUGAUUUGCGGUUUAGCAACUCAUGGCCUAGGAAAGGAAGCUCUUGAACUUUUUGAAAGGUUCACGAAAGAAGGGCGGAGACCAAUUAAUGUGACCUUUGUCGGGGUAUUGAACGCCUGCGGUCGAGCAGGUCUUGUCAAUGAAGGCCGGCGAUAUUUCAAGUUGAUGACAGAGGUUUAUGGGAUUGAGCCGGAGAUGGAGCAUUAUGGGUGCAUUGUUGAUCUCUUGGGCAGAGCUGGAUUUGUGGAAGAAGCUUUGCAAUUGGUCGAGAAUAUGACAAUUCAACCAGAUCCCGUAUUGUGGGGAACAUUAUUAGGGGCAUGUAAGGUUCAUGGGCAAGUUGAAUUAGGUGAAAAACUCGGCAGGAAACUAAUUGAAAUGGAUCCUAAACAUGACGGCCAUUAUGUAUUGCUUGCCAAUAUUUAUGCGAAAGCUAGAAAAUGGGAAGAUGUGGUCAGAGUAAGAAGACUAAUGGUUGAUCGAGGAAAUAAUAAAAUUGCUGGAUGGAGCUUGAUUGAAGCACAGGGAGAGGUUCAUCGGUUUAUCGUAGGGGAUAGAGAGCAUAAACACUCUUUGGAGAUAUACAAAAUGCUCAAUGUGAUUGAUAGGCAUCUGGCAGAAGCCGGAUACUCCCCAGAUGUUUCACCUGUUUUACAUGAUAUAGGAAAGGAGGAGAAAGAGAAUGCAAUUAGAGUGCACAGUGAGAGGUUAGCUAUUGCUUUUGGUUUGUUGGUAACACAAGUUGGUGAUUGUAUUCGAAUUGUGAAAAACUUGAGAGUUUGUGAGGAUUGUCAUUUGGUUUGCAAGAUGAUCUCGAAGGUUUUUGAGCGGGAGAUUAUUGUAAGGGAUGGAAGCCGAUUUCAUCAUUUUAAAGUGGGUAAUUGUUCUUGCCAUGACUAUUGGUAAUGAAUCUGUUGUAAAAUGGAUUCAAUUUUAGUUUUAACACUUAUUUCUUGGGUUUGACUAUUUGAGAUGGAGUAUAGGCAUUUAUAGGAUAUUAUGGUCUCCUGCUGUUGAAGUGUUCAACUUUAAGUUAAACUUGUGUUACCUAUCAGAAAGAACUGGCAACUUAUCUUCAUCAUCAUAUGGACAGCAUCCUCCUCCAAGCACAACAACAGGUCACUGCAUGCUUAUUCUCUACACAACUUCAAAUUUAAACAGACUGUUGGAUUAUUGAUAGUUACUUUGAAGAUGUCAUGGGCACUAGCGGAACUUUUCAAAACCUGCACCUUAUAUGGAUUAAAAGCUCCUGAAACCUGUCCAGAUUUUGUCCAAAGUUUCAGCAAUUUGUAGAAUUUGUUUACCCUAACUUGUCACCUACCGGCCAAUUUUUUCUGGGUGUCUACUCAAAAUAUCAGGAACAUGCUCGGUCUCCAUUAACAGUACAAAAGCAAUGGUGCAUACCUAUGACAAUGUAUUGGAGCUUAGACAGGGUUGGGUUUUACUUGAUAUGCAAUUAAGUUUUAGCCAGAUAAUAAUUUUCAAAUGCUAAAGCCAACAUGUGAAGAGCAAGUGCCCAACUUGUGUUUAUGUAAUGAUCUUCAUGACCUACUUCACAUUUAAAAUUGAAUUUUGAAGUCUCAUAUGCGCAGGCACUAGAUCACUAGACUA